CGAACAUAAAAUAAGGGUUAAUCCACCAAACCCUCUUAUGAUUUAUAAAUCUGGCGUAUUAAAUUGAAUAAUUAAUCAUAAGUACUGAAUACGCUUAUGAAAAACAAGUCCUAAAAGGAGCGUGAGAGACCUCUCUAAACCUUCAAUAUUCCCUAGGGCUCGGCCGCUAGGGUGUUUUUCCGAUUUCGCUACCACGAAGAUCGGUCGUAUAAGGAGGCGAAGGCACCGAAGGCAGCUGUUGAAGAAGUCUCGACUUCAGGUCGAAGGUGAAGCACGACGAGACUGACCGAGGAGGAUUUUGGAUGGACAAAAUCGUCAAUUCAUACAAAAAGAUGGCAAUCGAAGAACAACAGAACGAGCUUAAUUUCGAUGAGGAAACGGUAGAGGAUGGUGACGAGGUGACCGAGAAGCAGACUUAAUUACCCGGUGGUUGGAGUGGUUGUCACCGACCGGAAAGUGAAACUGCCAGGGUUUCAGGAAUUGAUGGCUUCGCGCUGGCGGCCAGGGAGAGGUAUGACUAUCAAGGAAAUUGGAGAAAAAAAGUAUCUGGUAAAUUUUAAUCAUGUUUUGGAUAUGAAUCGUGUGCUUGAGGAUGGUCCUUGGCUUUUUGAACGUGAUUUAAUUCUGAUGAAAGCAAUUCAGCUUGAUGAUAUACCUGAAUCUAUGAAUUUAUUUGAGGCUAGUUUUUGGGUACAGGUUCACAACGCCCCUAUUAAAUUCAGGAAUUUAGGGUCUGCGAAGAAAAUUGGUAAUUUUUUAGGUUCGUUUAUUAAAUUUGAAAUGAGUCAUUAUGAUGGCAACCAGGGUUCUUAUCUGCGUAUAAAGGUGUGUUUGGAUGUUCGUAGGCCUUUAAAGAAAGGUACUACUUUGAUAAAGGAUGGGGUUCAACACUGGGUGGACUUUAAAUAUGAAAAGCUGCCUAGUUUCUGCUUUUUGUGUGAUAUAAUUGGACAUUCUAAUAAGUUCUGCCCAUUGAAGUAUGAAGAGGGUUUUGUUGUUGAAAAGUCCUAUGGGGUAGGUCUUAAAGCAGGUGGGAGGGUGAAGACCAGUCCUACAGGACCCAAUAAAUGGCUAUCUAGUGAGGCAUCUAGCUCAGGUGGAUAUGGAAAUCAGAGGAAGUCUGUUCUUGGGGGAGAUUUUUUGGCUGAAUCAAAGACCAAUAUCUCACAGCAGAAUGAGGCAGACGAAAAGGAGGAAGCCCCUGGAGAUACAAAGAGGAGAAGAAUCUGGGAUGAUCUGGGUAAAGGAGACAGCGAAGGUGAAGGCAUGGCUCUCGACGAGCCAAAAAAUGGGGCGACGGCGGGUCAAUAUACUUAGGCCCGCCGAGGAUCUACUUGCGGUUGCUGAUGUUACAGACCAAGGAUGGUGUUAUUUUAAUUUAUUGUUUUGUUUGCUGUUUCCUGGGUUUUAUUGUUAUGUCUUGUUUUUUUUUUGUUAUGUGUUUUGCAAGACUCUUGCAUUAGGUUGGGAUUUUGAAAGCUCUACGGUAAUCGUCAUUGGCUUUAAGUUGCCCAAUCUUGGUCUAGCGAGUUAUACUGCUUUUCUACAGGUGGUUAACUCUCAAUCUCGACUACGGGUGGAUGAUUACUUGUUGUUCUUUUAUUAUCUUGUACCCUUACUGAAUGUUAUUUCCAUUUCUAUGAAUUAUGUCACCUUCGAUAAAAAAAAUGGCGUAUUAAACCCCUAUGGUUUAAAAAGUGCGUCAAAGCCCCUUGUAUUAUAAUUAUUCAUGCGUAAAAC